AUAAAGAAUAUCAUUAUGACUAUUUUACCAAUUAAAAAAGUUAGUAAGGAAUCGAAAGAAAUAGAAAAUAGAAAUCAAGAUAAUAGCCACAUUAACACAUCAUCUCAUAUAAUUCAUUCGCAUUAUUUGCCCACUCACAUACAACAUCAAGAAAACAGAAAUAUUAUUGCUAGGUCUCGAGGUUAUAUAUCUUCAACAUCUCCUAAUUCUUAUAUUGAAGAGAAUAUCCCGAGCACAAGUUUAGAAAAUUCAACAUCAAAUGAUGGUCUCCAAAUAAACAAACGUAAAGUUAAAAAAUCGCCAAAUAGAAUUAACAGAAAGCAUAAGAAUAAUAAGAUAAAUAAAAAUUCUAACCAAAAUUUAGAAGAUAUUUCAGAGUAUAACAGUGGAGAUGAAUAUGAUCAUCCAAAUGUUAUAAUAGACCCAGAAAAAUUAAAGGAGAUGGAACGCUUGUUUGAAAAGAGUUUGGAAGAGGAAAAAGGUUAUAAAAUUAAAAAAAUGAGUGAAGAUGGAGCAUGCUUAUUUAGGGCUGUUGCGGAUCAAGUUUAUGGAGAUCAAGAGAUGCAUGGUAUUAUAAGAAAGCACUGUAUGGAUUAUAUGUUGAAAAAUGGAGAUUAUUAUUCACAAUUUAUCACUGAAAACUUUGACAAAUAUAUCACCCGCAAAAGUAAAGAUAACAGUCAUGGUAAUCAUUUGGAGAUUCAAGCAAUGGCUGAAAUGUAUAAUAGGCCUAUGGAAGUUUAUGAAUAUUGUUUAGAGCCAAUCAAUAUUUUUCAUGGUUAUAAUGAAUCCACAAAUGAGCCUAUAAGAUUAAGCUAUCACAAAAAUUCACAUUACAACUCAAUUAUAGAUCCAUUUAAAGCUACUAUUGGAGUUGGUCUUGGAUUUCCUUUACAUAUUCCAGGAGCUGCUGACCAAAAUUUACUUCUAGAUGGUUUCAGAGCCUCAGAAGCUCUCCAAAUUGAAGAGGCCAUGCUCAAGGAUAAAAUAGCAGCCACGGAUUGGGAAGCAACAAAUCAAAUCAUUGAAGAACAAGUAGCCCGGGAAUCAUACUUGCAAUGGCUUAAGGACACUGGCCGGGCUCCCUUUCAUCACCAUAGUAUCACAGAACUUAAAAAAUUGAGUUCCAAAGCUCUAAAUCAAUUUCAUAAUAACACAAUGACUUUAGUGGCAGAUAACCAUAAAGAGGGCCUAAAGGGGGAAACAGUCAUGGAAAAUGGGAAAAAAUUGGAAAAUCUUGAUAAAUUAGACAAAUCUGAUAAAGUAGAUAUCUCUUCCCAUAAUAUAGCUGUGAAUGAUGAUAUUUUUGUUCAUCACAGAGAUAAAGAAGAUUCAUUAUCAACCUCUUCAGCUUCUGUAUCUUCUGGUCAUUCAUAUACCAAUCAAGAAAUACUCGAAACAAUGAAUAAAACAUUGACUACUUCACUCAUUGACGAAGAAUUAAAUAAACAAUUUUAUUCUAUUGAUGUUGUACAAAAAACAGAUUCGUUGCCCUCCACUUCGUCUCAACCUCUCAGUCACGAUAAACAAUCCGAUGAUCACACCCAAUCCGUAUCCUAUUCCGAUUACUACUUGGACGAAGACGAAACCAAUUCCAUUAUAGCCAAUCUUCCACCCGACAUUUUAGGUUUAAACGUAUGGGAGAACGAUAAAGAUAUAGCAAAAGCCUUAGCUGCCUCACAACAAGAAUACCUAGAUCAAUUAAAAAAGAAUCUUUUAUAGCCUUCAUGAUUAUACCUAUUACCCUUAAAAAAAGUCUUUCAUUAGAAACAAUAAGGUAUUAGUUUGUAUUUAAAUUCUAUUACUCUCUUCUUAAUCAUCUGGUCCUAAUAGCUUAAAAGUAUUCACGCGAUAGACAAGGUAUUUAAAAUUAUAAAAUUUCGAUAACACCUCGGCUAAUUUUAUUCCUUAAAUUAUUAUUUUGCCUCUAUAAAAUUGAUAAAACAAACCAACUUAAUGAUUUUUUUUAAUAUAAUUUUUUUCGAUGUAUCUUAUUUCGCAUUACUCGUUUCGCA